AUGGAUGGAGGUGCUGCCAUCGAAAUUCUUAUCCAAAACCUGAUCAACGUUUUAAGGGAAGAGUACUCUCUACUUCGAGGUCUCGAUGAAGACGCGCAAAAGCUGCAGAGGACUUUGAUCAUGAUCAUGGCCUACUUGAGUGAUGCACAGAAGAAAUUCAUCAUUCAAGACUCUGUCAAGAUCUGGCUGAGGGAGCUCGAAGCUCUGACUUUCGAUGCUGAUAAUGUCUUGGACGAACUCAGCUAUCAUCUUCUCAGAAAAAAAGUGAAGAAAAUGAUGACACCUACAACCAAGUAUAAGGUACCAUCAUGCUUCUCUUCCUUUAGUCGCGUUUCACGUCGGCAUAAUAUGGCAUAUACAAUCAAACAAAUCAACGCGGAGUUUGAGUCUAUGAACAAAAGAGCAACAGAUCUUGGCCUUCAAAGCAUGAUUGUGAAUGCACCUGAUGUUGUUGCUGUUGUUUCCUUUGAGACUGAUUCGUUGAGUCUUGAUCCAAUUUUUAUUGGAAGAGAUGAUGAUGUGCCUAAACUAGUUCACAUGCUCACCCCGAUCCACCAAGAUCAGAUCUUUUCCAUUGUUUCUCUUGUCGGAAUGGGGGGUAUGGGGAAGACUACGUUAACUAGGAAAGUCUUUAAUCAUGAAAGGGUGAAGGCUCGAUUUGGAUCACUAAUUUGGGUUCAUGUUUCUCAAACUUUUGAUCCAAUUAAUCUUUUCAACAAAAUCUAUUCAACGUUGACUUCAAAUACUGGUCAUAGAGUUGAGAUCAAGGAAGUUAUCUUGAAAAGGCUUCAAGAAGUUCUCAAGUCUAAAACUUAUCUUCUUGUUCUUGAUGAUGUAUGGAAUGAAGAUGUUCCAAAGUGGGAAGAUUUUAUAAAUUCCAUUUCAGGAGUUACUGCUACCAAAGGAAAUGGCAUUAUCAUCACUACCCGGAGUCAAAAGGUUGCUUCAAUUGUGAACUCACUUGAAUAUGCUUUGAGUGGCUUAUCAGACGAUGAUUGUUGGUCCAUAAUCAAAGCGAAAGCUUUUGAUGGUAAUGGAGAAGUUCCAUCAAGAGUUGUGACUAUUGGAAGAAAGAUUGCAGAAAGAUGUCGGGGUUUGCCCUUAGCUGCCAAUAUAGUCGGAGGUGUGCUUCGUUACAAGUCAGAAGAAGAGUGGCGCUUUAUCGCUGAAAAUUGGCUUUCAGAUGGCGAAGGAGGUGAAAAUAUUUCAAAAAUAUUGAAAUUCAGCUAUGAUCACUUGUCUUCACCAUCACUCAAGAAGUGCUUCGCGUAUUGUUCGGUUUUCCCCAAAGGUUACAUUGGUAUGAAGCAAGAGCUGAUCGAACUAUGGAUGGCAGAAGGGUUUCUUCAGCAAAGCGAAAUCAAUGAUAUGGAAUCUGUGGGCAACAUGUUUUAUAAUGUGCUUCUACAGAUGUCUUUAUUGCAAGUUGCAACCAAAGAUGAUUAUGGAUAUGUGGAGCGUUUUGUCAUGCACGAUCUUGUGCAUGAUCUUGCAUCUUCUGUUUUAUCUAGUAAUGCGAAUAGCAGCACCAUAGUUCGAUACAUGUUUCUGGAAAAAGAGUCAAUUCCUAUUCCAAAAGAAGUGGCCAAGCAUGGAAUUGAAGAAGGAGAAGAGCUAUUCCAUAACAAUCACAAUCUCUCAAAGUUGAGGAUUACGAAAUGCUCUGUCUUGAGGGAAUUACCAGAUGGACUAGACACACUCGAAUCUCUGGAGGAGUUGGUCAUUAUUGAUUGUCCAAAGCUGAAGUCGAUUGGGAAUCCAAGUGCCGGAGCAGGACAGUGUCAAGGAAUCCUAAGUUGGGUGUGUAUCAUAGGAUGCGAAGAGCUGGUGGGAUUUCCGCGCAAAAUGCUGGAGUCGUGGGCGCCAACAAUCGCGACUCUCGACUUGGAGAGACUAAGGAGCCUUGAGAAUCUACCAAUGCUGAUUGACUGCCUCGCUAAAUCAUCUCGUCUGAAAAGAUUGAGAAUCGUUGGUAUCCCUAAUUUUAAGGCUAUUGGUAGCGUUAAGAGGUGGGGUUUAGGCAGCUUGGAGAAGUUAAACAUAGAUGUGAGUGUGGAGUGGUCAAGGGAGAAUAGUGGUGCCAUUCAAUAUGCUGUGGAUGGAAUCAUGCAAGGAUGUUGCAACUCACUUUAUGAGUUAAUACUAAAAGGGGUGGAAAUUGGUUGCAACAAGUUGAGACGCCUGUCCUCUGAGGAUGCGUUGAGGCACCUCACUCGAUUGAAUCAAUUAGGCAUAGCAAAAGGCCCUUCUUCAUUAUCCUUACUUAUUUUCGAGGAAGAGUACUAUCUAUUUCGAGGUUUCGAUGGAGAUGCCCAACAGCUGCAGAGGACUUUGGUCAUGAUUCUAGCCUACUUGAGUGAUGCACUGAAGAAAUUUAUCACUCAAAAUGCUGUCAACAUCUGGUUGAGGGAGCUCGAAGCUCUGGCUUUCAAUGCUGAUAAUGUCUUGGACUAA